UAAUGGGCAUGUUGUAGGCUUCAAUAAAUGCCAUUACAUAACGAAUAAAAUAAUAAAUGAGUGUGAAAGACACCACAAAAAGCAGACUUCUGCUAAGGGUAUAUUCCUUUCGUAGAGACCUGAAUAUGAAUGAAUCCAUUCUCUUCUAUCAGUAGAGCUCAGUCUUCGGCCCAGUGUCCAAGUCAACACUGUUAAGAUGGCGAAGCAAACCACAUCCUGAUCUUAAACACCUACUCACCCUCAUGGAGCCAGCCAUCUAAGCCCCUUGUACCUAGGCAACCUGCCCACAAGCUGCCCCCUCGGAGAGUCCCAAGCAACUCCUGCAGCAGCAGCCUCCCACUGGGGAUGCAUGCCUUUGCUACCUGAAUCCCAGACCUUGCUGCUGAGGCCCCCCUCACCAACUGGAGCACCUUCCGACAUGGCCGGCAUGCUGUCGCUCGUCUUUAUCAUGGUCCAUUCAGGAUCCUGCUUCCUCUGGGUAUUUCAGCCCCCUGAGAUUCAUGCCCAAGAGGGGACCACUGCCCUCCUGCCUUGCUCCUUCAAUGCCAGUCAAGGGAAGCAGACCAUUGGCUCAGUCACAUGGUACCGAGACAAGGUGGCCCCUGGGAAGCAGGUGAGCAACAUGACCCCAGAGUUCAGAGGUCGUCUGGCUCCUCUGGCCCCUUCCCGAUUCAGCCAUGACCACCAGGCUGAGCUGUGCAUCUGGGCUAUUGGAGGUGACGAUGCUGGAGUCUACGUGUGCACGGUGGAGGUGCUGGGCCUGGGUGUCGGGUCAGGGAAUGGGACCCGGCUGCUGGUGGCGAAAGGUGAGGCCAUGGGAGGCAGCCCCUCCUCAACACCAGAUCCCAAGACUCAGUGUCCCUGGUCAAGAAUUCCUCCUAGCCUAACUUCCUCCACCCUUUCCUCCCCACUCCCUCAUGCAGGACCUGCUCAGACCAGCACAGGGCUCCUCCUCCGGGCUGGAUUCUAUGCCCUCAGCUUUCUUUCCGUGGCCCUGGGCAGCACUUUCUAUUACCAGGGCAAAAAAGUGUGAAUAAUGGAGCCAGGGGCAAUGAUAAGUGGAGCAGUACAAGAGCUGGAAGAGGGCGUGCCAGACACCACCCACACCACCCAGAGAACUGCGCCUGCGCUGUGCUGCUGCCAGCUCUCCACCAGCGCACUGGCACAUAGGAACACACCAACUCCUUGGGCAGCCUGUGAGGACUGAGUCCAGACCCCAAAUUCCACACCUGUUCAUGAGAACGCAA